GGAAACAGGAAGUAUAACACAAGGUGAUCUACAAAAUAAAACAAGAAGUUAAAGACAGAUGACAACUCAAAGAAAAAACUGAACUAAACAAGAGCAACUCAUCAACACAAAAGCAUCCCUCAGAGAGUGACGCAAUCAUUGUCACUGUCACUGCUGUACAGUGGGUGGUUAAGGUGAGUAUAAAUAUCAACACAUCUCCCAUCUCAACCAUCAAACAGAAGAAGCAGUCAAAGGAUUUGAAGAGUCCCCAAUAAACUGACCGUCUCAAAGAUGAAGACACUCAGAGUUGCAGUUGUUGUAGCCGUCGUGCUCACAUUCAUUUGUAUCCAGGAGAGCUCUGCUGUCCCUGUCACUGAGGUUCAACUGGAAGAGCCAAAUAACAAUGACAGUCCAGUUGCAGAACAUUCUGAACACCCAGAGGCCUCAGUGGAUGCAUGGAUGAUGCCGUAUAACAGCAGACAGAAGCGUAGUGGGAAGUGUAAAAUUUGCUGUGGCUGCUGCACCCCUGGUGUCUGUGGACUGUGCUGCAAAUUCUGAGGACUCCUGCCCACACCAACACUUAAUUUGGUUUAUUGUUUUUAGUAAAUGUAACACCUUGUUGCUGAGUUAAAUGUAUAUCCAUUCAGAUUUGGUCAUACUGUGUGCUCAGUGUGUGCCUAUGUUACAGUGUUUGACCAAUAAAUAUCAAUGGUUCUUUAAA